AUGGCUCGCGUUUGGCUCCCUUUGGCUCUCUCGUGCCAGCUCGGUUGCGUGGAUGGCUUCUUUGUUGGGCCGCUGCCUGGCCGUACCAACAGCUCGCCCGUCCACCGGCACCAGAGCAGCGCCAUCGUCACCAGUGGCACCCACCGGGCGCCAUGGGCGACUGCAGGACCGAUACUGACACUAAGCGGCGGAGGGCCGCGGGGAAGUCCGGCGGAAGCGACAGCAGUCGGUAGCAGCAGUCCCACGAGAAGCAGCAGCAGCCUUGAGGCGGCUGCCUCUUCCGCCGAGACUACGUCGCAGCUGGAGCAAGACGAGGAGGGCGGCAGCGACGACCGCGUCCCCGUUACUCUCAUCAGUGGCUUCCUAGGUGCUGGGAAGACCUCGCUCCUGCAGAGCUUGCUCAAGAAUCGGCAGGGUAUUCGAAUCGGGAUGGUUGUUAACGACAUGGCGGAGGUAAACGUGGACGCGAAACUCGUAAGGGACGACCCCAACGCGCAGGGAGCCGAUUCGGAUACCGUAGAGCUCCAGAAUGGGUGCAUCUGCUGUUCGAUGAGUGAGGAGCUCUUUGUGUCCAUCAACCACCUGGUCGAGAGGGCCGAGGCGAGGGGCGCCCCUUACGACCAUAUCGUCAUCGAGUCCAGCGGGAUCUCCGAACCAAAGUCUGUCCGCUCGACCUUUCAAGACGCGGAGUCGUACGGGGUGCUGCUUAUGCAAAAGAUCCUGAUGGCGCUCAACCCGCACGCGCGAGUGAUCGGAUGCACGUACGGAAACGUUGGAAUACACGACGUGUUGGGGGUGAUGGACGGCCAGGGCGUGGCCGACUCUGGCACCAUCGAUGACCACAAGGACUCCAUGACGGCGCUGGAGAAUAACGCGGAGGCGGCGGCGGCGGCGGCGGCGGCAGAAGCGAGUGCCGUUGAUGUUGGACACUCCCACGCGCACGCGGAGGAGCACACGCACAGCGAAGAUAACGAUACCAUCCCGGAGUCGGGAUGCGGUUCGUGCCAUUCAGAGGAAGAGGCUAAGGAUGAGGACGACGGGGUGGAGGUGGCCUCUUCCUGCGGUGGUCACAGCCACGAGCACAAGGAGCACGAGCACGAGGGGGAGAAGGGGCACGACAGCGACUGCUCUUCCGAGUGCAGCGAGGAGGGUCAUGGACACGACCACUCCCACAGCCACGGGCACAAGGCCAUCGGGGACGGAACGACGACCGCGGCGAAGCGGUUCGGUAUUGAUAACUUCGUCUACCGACAGCGGAGACCGUUCAACCCAGAGAGGCUGGCAGAGCUGUUGAAGAGCAUGCCUAGCUCGUCGAACCUUGCUCUCAAGGGGGUAGCUUCAGGGGCGGACGACAGCGCCAAAGCAGCCGAUGGGGCUAGCAGCAGCACUAGCGACAGCGAGGCCUUGAGGAUGGCUCUACGGAAGGUCGUGCGGUCGAAGGGGUUCAUGUGGCUCGCCUUCAGCGACAAGGCGGCCAUGUACUGGUCUCACGCCGGGGCGAGCUUUGAGGUUUUGUGUCUUGGUCGGUGGUGGGAUAGCUUGGAGCGCGAGCUGUGGCCACCAGGUUCUGCGGAAGCCGUGAUGGAAGAUUUCGAGGGCAAGUACGGGGACCGUCGACAAGAGUUGGUGUUCAUCGGCAUGGGGAUGUGCGAGGAGUCCACCCGAGGGCCCAUCGUGAAAGCACUCGAUGGCUGUCUCUUGACGGACGAAGAGAUGGAGGUGUACGAAUCUGUCCGGGAGACAGCGGACGAGCUUCCUGAGGCAUUCCCAAGCCCGCUGCGCGUCAGGUUUACUUAGGAGAUUUGCUGGCGAAAUUACUUCGAUUACAAUAGUGUGAAGUUAUUUCACCUAGAUUCUCUGGUGCUCGGGAGGAGAUGCUGGGGCGAGUGGGUACUCUCCGCUACUUUUCUGACCGAGUCUGUCUGGGGAGCAGAAAAAAUGAACAACUACACAACGUCUCCUAUUGUUUGUGGUACAAUCAGCUGUUAGUUUUCUUUCGUACGCUACAAUAGAAAAGUUGUAACGGUUGGGUUUCUCUUAUGCCCAAGAAUACGACUUGUGUGUGAAAAGAGGGAAUCAAUCGUCCUCGACUGU